AUGAAGCUCGACCCAAAAGUACUGGUUCCCAUUCUGUUGGGCUUGGGCCUCAUCGCGUUCCUCAGUCCGCUGAUCAGCGUGCUGCAGCUCUUUGGCAUCCUGCUGGUGCUGACGGCAGCCCUGCUCUACGUUCGUCAGGACGAUGUAUCGAACAAGCGCAAGCGCCUGCAGCAGGGUAACAGGGAUCUGGACCCCGCAACGGCCGCGAUGGCUGCCGCAGAGGCGGCGACGGCCGCCGCCCGAGCUGCGAAAGGCUCGAAGCAAGUCGAGCUGUUGCCAACGUUGGACAUGUUCUACGACAAGAGCAACAUCGGGGCCUAUAUAUCGGACAAUAUGUUUGGAUCCAUGAACCCCACGGCGUCCAUCACGGCUACGAUCAGGGACCUCGCAGGGGCAGAAUUCUACGCCAUUCCAGUCCGCAUCUACCUGUCCUCGGGCAAGAAGAAGUCGCAGUUUCCACGCACGUGGAAGAACUUGGACACCGUCUCCACUUGGAAGGCCCAGAUCGCAGACGUCAUCAAGGAGUGCCCGAACGCGAACAGCGUCGCGAUAUUGACGGGCAUCAGCGACCUGUUUGUCCUCGACGUCGACCUCAUGGCCUCCGCCGGCAAGAGGUCGGGUUUCGACCUGUGGGAGGUUCUGGUCGCCGAGCAUGGUUCGCCCGACACGCUCCAGGCCAAGACGGGCUCGAACGGUCGGCAUUUCUACUUCCGGAGGAACGACUCUACAGGAUUAACGCGCCGCCGGAAUUUCGCUGGCCUGAAAUUUGAACGCGAGCGGUACGCCAUCGAUGGAAGAGGGGAGGGCGGAGUCAUCUUCGCCCCUCCCAGCAGCUACAAGGACGAGGACGGCAUCACCUACUCGUACGAGUGGCAGAACGGGGACCCACACUGUGGCUGCAACCCCAUGCCACAGUGGCUGAUCCAGUUGGUCAACUCCCAGGGGUCGGACGAGGUGCCCCCUCUGAUCGGUGGCACUCCCGACGACGAGCCGCUGUCUCCCGAGCCCAUAUCGGCCCCGAGGAGCCCUUCCUCAUUGCUCGACGCCUGCCGCGAGCCCCUGCACGAUGUGGACGACUACUCGGUCCUGAACGUGCGUCAGAUGCAGGGCGAGGAGCUCCGCCUGUUGAUCGCCUUCCUGACAGAGAACGUAGGAGACUCCUAUAGCGGUCUCGGCCGUAUCUUUGGCUACGUCUUCGCCAAGGACGGCCGGAUCCUGGUCACCGGGCCCAAGAAGCAGUUCUACUACUGGAACGGCCGGGUCUGGGUGCUGGACGAGUCCAACCGCGUCGUCACCACCUUCUCCUACAAGAUGUCGACGCUCUUCAAGUGGUACGACACCCGACGCGAUCGGCGCUUCGAGCGCAAGCUCAGCGAGAAGGGCCUCGUGAACGGGACCGAGAGUGUUGCCCAAACGGUCGCAGCCCUCGAUAAGCGAGGCUCCAAGGCCAUCAUCAAGGCCUGCUGGGACGAGGUGGACGCCGAGCUGCCGCCGAACCGCAUCAACGUCAACUCCCCCAAGGAGGCCCGAGCUUGCCUUGACUACGUCACGAGCGUCUUGUACGAUCCCGAGAUGAUCAAGCUCAUGGAUUGCGACAUCGACUCGGUCGGCUGUCCGAACGGCGUCCUCGACCUGAGGACGGGCAUUUUGAGCUUCGCGCACCCGAGCCAGCUCUGCACCCGCUCGACCGGCGUACGUUACAUGGGGUUGAGCCACAACACGGACCGCUUCGACGCGUUCGUGAUGGAUCUCUUCAACUCCGACGAAUCGAUCGUCCGGUGGCUCCAGCUGUUCCUCGGUUACGCUCUGACAGGUCAUACCAGCGAGGAGAUCUUUUGCAUCUGGUAUGGAGCCGGGAGCAACGGCAAGAGCGCUCUCAAGAUGGCUCUCCAGAAGGCGUUCGGGUCAUACUACACGCCCAUGAGCAAGGACUGCAUCAUCAAGGCCGGUGGGAAGCGGGCCGAAGGAGCCGCCUCCAGCCACCUCGUUGCCCUCAAGGGCGCUCGUCUGGCCCUAUGCGACGAGUCCGAGGAGAGCCAGGUCAUCAACUCCGCUUGCAUCAAAGAGAUGACGGGUGGAGGUGCGGUCACCUGCCGGGAGCUCUUCCAAAAGUGCGAGAGCUUCGUGCCGACGCACGCCAACGUCCUGCUCACCAACCACAAGCCCAGCAUAGCCGACGCCGACGGCGGCCUCCUGCGCCGGGUGUCCCUCCUCCCGUUCCGAAAUUCCUACAAGGUCGCGGAGGAGGUCGACCCCAACGACCCUCACUCCAAGCCGCAGUCCACGCACCUCAAGACGUGGCUGGAGAGCUCGGAGGGAGCCGAGGAGUGCCUGGUAUGGGUCGUGCGAGGCAGCGUAGAAUGGUAUGCUCGCCAAAGCGCCAACCCGGCCGCGAAGGUGCUGGCUCCGCUGCCGGCUCCGAUGGCGGCCGCUUUCGACGAGUACUUGCGCGAGUUUGACGACAUGCGCAUGUUCUUGAAAGAGUUUUGCGACAUCGGGCCGACCUUCGUCGCUCCGUCUGCGGACCUUUUGGCUCGAUUCAAUGCGGAGAUGAAUUCCGAUCUCAAGGCACGCGCCUUUGGUAUCGCUUUGACCAAGAGAGGAUUUCAGCAGAUCGAGUUUACUGUAGAUAGGAUCAGGCGUCGCGGAUUCAAAGGACUGAAAUUGCGAGAUAUGGCCACGGGCUAA